UAUUGCCUUGCUGCUGCAGUGGGAGGACCCGCGGGUCUGCGCUUCGCGGAAAGCGGAAGUUAUCUAGUGAAGGGUGCAAGGAGCAGUUCCGAUGACUGUCCACAACCUGUACCUGUUUGAUCGGAAUGGAGUGUGCCUGCAUUACAGCGAGUGGCAUCGCAAGAAGCAAGCGGGGAUCCCCAAAGAGGAGGAGUACAAGCUGAUGUACGGAAUGCUCUUCUCUAUACGCUCCUUUGUCAGCAAGAUGUCCCCGCUAGACAUGAAGGAUGGCUUCCUGGCUUUCCAAACUAGCCGUUACAAACUCCAUUACUACGAAACACCUACUGGGAUCAAGGUUGUCAUGAAUACUGACUUGGGCGUGGGACCUAUCCGAGAUGUACUGCACCAUAUCUACAGUGCGCUGUAUGUGGAGCUGGUGGUGAAGAAUCCUCUCUGCCCACUGGGCCAAACUGUGCAAAGUGAGCUCUUCCGCUCCCGGCUGGAUUCCUACAUCCGCUCGCUACCCUUCUUCUCUGCCCGGCCUGGCUGAGGGAAGCAGCCUCCCUCAUCCCUCAAGAGGCUUUUCCUAACAUAUGCCACCCAAGGGACUCCACUGCCAGCCCUUGUAUCCCAAAGCCCCUGGAAGCCGUCGGCCUUCAACAGAAAGCAGCCUGUAACCUUCCUGAUGACAGGAGGACCAAGCCCUUUCUCCAGUUUUAUCUCCUCCCUGAGUGCAAGAUGUACAAAAUAAUAAACUUUUUUUUCACCCUCUG